GCAGGCAGGCCUGGCCUCCGCACCGGCUACUGAGACCUGAGGCUGAGGCCUUACACAACAAGUGCACGAGGUCACCAGUGUCAAGACCUGUCUGAAAUUCACCGUCUUCAUCAACUGCACACGCUUAACACGAAGGUGUGAAAAUGUUGCGUACAUGCGGAAAUGGUUUAGUAGCUCAAUUGUGUCAAUAUAAAUCAAAACAACAAGCAAUCAAGUGCUUUUAUCACCUAAAAAACUUUGCUCAAGUUUGGGGUAUUGGACGGCCGAGCAGACUUCAGCACCAUGUAACAGUACGGACUGCACCUUACAUGUGUACGACUGCGCCUGGCGUUAAAAGUGGGCGUGGCCUGUCAAGGAACACUUCGCUUGGAACAGAGCGCCACCGGUUUGAGGAGCAAGAAUUGAAUGUUCAUCCUUUUGGUUCUCUAAAACUCUCAACCUCACAUCACAUCAAAAUAGCCUCGGCUAAUGCUCAGAAAUACCCGGAAAUGGACAGAUUGAUGUGUUUUGCAGAUGAACCCGGGGUGGCGAUUAAAUUCGCCAGUGAUGGGAAGGAACUUUUGGCAAGUAUCGAUGAAAAAUCGGCGAAUGACAAGGUCUCAACAGAUGCUCUUGUCAACUUCCAAGUUCCUAUUAAAUUUGGUCUCCAAAUAACUGCAGAAGAAAAUGCUAAAAUCCUUAUCUCGAGAGUCGAAAGUGAUGUUAUAAAUAUCUCCAGUGACAAAGGGCCAUGUUUACUCCAGAAUGUCAAGUGUGGCACUCUCAACUUGACCAAGAACAAAGGAAUCAUUUCUUCAACCAAUCUCCUACAAGGCAAUUCUAACCUGGCACUUACAGAAGGGGACAUUACAGCUGACAAACUUCAGGGCCAAAAUGUAAACAUCCGAAUCGAAAAAGGCGAUGCCACUAUUCAGUCACUUUAUACGGACAUGUCAACCUUUUCGGUAAAGGAGGGGAAUUUAAACAUAAAGAAUUGUCAUGGUAAAACAAGGGUUAGCAUCGAACAUGGAGAUCUCACUAUUGAUUCCUUGGAUGGAGAUAUUGCUGCCCUAGUUCAAAAUGGAAAUAUCAAAGUACAUGUGAUGAGGCACCAGAAUGUCGAUCUGGAGACAAAAACAGGUCUAAUCUCUUUGACCAUCGAUCCUGAACUUGAAAGCUCUUUUGAAGUCACAGCAGAGACAGUCACACUGAGCGACAGCAUUACAAUGCACGAUGAAAAAGGAUCUGACGACAAGAAACUGACGGGUUUUGUACACAAGCCAUCAGAAAAGGUGAUCAAGCUCAAAGCACCUGCCGUGGAUAUCAGCUCACAAGACUGGUUGUCUGCCUUAAAAUUUAGAUGAUCUUACAUGUGACACUCGUUGCAACCGGUAGUAAGGAUGUCUACCCAGGAAAUAUCAAUCGGAACACUUGCACAUGGGACAAGAUGAAAUAAUCACUUGUUUCUUGUCCUUGCUGCUGCUUGCGAGUUGAAAUCUUGUGAGUGAAAUUGUCAACAUGAUACCUGGAAAAGUCAGCAACAUUAUAAAGCCAAAUGUGAUGUGUGGGAACAUAUGGGCACAAGUAAGAACCCUAUUGAAAAAUUGGUUGCAUCAAAAUCGAGGAUAGCGGCUGUCACCUUAAUACCCUGUUGAAAUUUUUGUGAGUGCACUAAUGAACAUGACAACUGGAGAACUCAGCAACUUGUCAAAGUUAAAUUUGGUGUGAGUGUACCUAUAGGGCCUGAGUAUAAGUACCCUAGCGAAAAAAAAAGGUCACCACAACAAAGAUGGCUGCAACCUUAUCUGUUGAAAUUGUGAGCGCAAACACCAUUCAUUGAUGGGACCUGGGCGUAAUUCUUGUUAUUAAUUCAUUGAAUUGUGAAAUAAACCAUAUUUUUUCAA